AUGGAACCAGACAAUGAUACAAGAAUUUCAGAAUUUCUUCUUCUGGGAUUGUCAGAGGACCCAGAACUGCAGCCCCUCAUAUUCGGGCUUCUCCUAUCCAUGUACCUGAUCACUGUGCUUGGAAACCUGCUCAUCAUCCUGGCCGUCAGCUCUGACUCCCACCUCCACACCCCCAUGUACUUCUUCCUGGCCAACCUGUCCUUUGCAGACAUCUGUUCCACCUCCACCACCGUCCCCAAGAUGCUGAUGAAUAUACAGACAGAGAACAAAGACAUAACCUAUGCUGGGUGCAUCACACAGAUGUAUUUUUUCCUACUCUUUGUUGGAUUUGAUGACUUUCUCCUGGCUGUAAUGGCUUAUGACCGUUUCAUGGCCAUCUGUCACCCCCUGCACUACACAGUCAUCAUGAAACCUUCUUAUUGUGCACUGCUGGUUCUGGUGGUCUGGGUGAUGAGUGUCCUGAAUUCCUUAUUAGAAAGCUUAAUGGUGUCAUGGCUGUCCUUCUGUAGAGAAGUGGGAAUCUCCAGCUUUUUCUGUGAUAUCAAACAGUUGGUCCAACUUGCCUGUUCUGACACCUUUCUUAAUGACGUGGUGAUGUAUUUUGGAGCUGGGCUGCUGGGUGGUGGUCCCCUUGCUGGGAUCCUUUACUCUUACUCUAAGAUAGUUUCUUCCAUACUUGGGAUCUCAUCAGCCCAGGGCAAGUAUAAAGCAUUUUCCACCUGUGCGUCUCACCUCUCCGUUGUCUCCUUAUUUUAUUGUACAGGCCUAGGUGUGUACCUUAGCUCUGCUGCUACCCAGAGCUCCCACACAAGUGCAGUGGCCUCAGUGAUGUACACGGUGGUCACGCCCAUGCUGAACCCCUUCAUCUAUAGCCUGAGGAACAGAGACAUAAAGAGGGCUCUGAAAAGAAUACUGAGGGGGUUUAUUCUUUCAGGUGAAGGAUCUCUUAGUCUCUUCUCUGUUUUAUCACAGAGUUAUUUUCCUGUUUCUACUUGA